UAGCUAUGAAAAUGUAUUUAAUGUGUCUAAACUUGUCUUUUGAGUGACUAUGAGACAUGCUUUUGCAGCUACUCAACUACAUUUUCGUUUAGCAAGCAUAUGUGUGUUUAUAUCCGUACAGUUUGGCAAACAUGACAAACUACGGCAUGAAAGCACAAAAUAGCGUGUCUAUCCAAACCACCAAAUGGCACCAAGGUUUUCAAAGAAAGGAGAUUAACUAUUUUUGCUUUUUUUACUGCAGUAUCAUGUCAAGAAAUUCACUCAGAGUUACUGUUACUAAUGUCGAUGUUCUUGUGCACUACUGCCAUACCAUUGGAGGACUUCUACCCAUAUGGUCCAGAUGUUGGAGAUUCUCAAGUAGACCUGCCAAUUUAUACAUAUGGGCUAAUUUCUGUUGGAGAUGUUAAAGUUUCGGUGUGGUUGUACGGUGCUAUAGACUAUGGUGGACGUUCCAUUGGAAAUUUCAUGGAGGUGUUUUUUAUUGGAUUUGAUAAUGUUGGAGGAGCUGUCUGGUUUCGGAACAGCACCUUUCAAAGCACAAAUGAGAGAGCACUGACUGACAUACAACGUGUGUAUCCCUCUGUGUCAUACAUUGACCAGAUUUUGAUUGUCACAUGGGAUCGUCUUCACCUUUUGUCCCAAAACUAUCAGACCAACACAUUCCAGGCUGUAAUAGCAACUUCUGGAAAUGAAACUUACAUAAUGUAUCUCUACGCUGAUGGUCUCAUGCAAUGGAUAAGUGAAUAUGGCGGUAUUACUGAUGAUGGUAUGUUUACUGCAAGAGUUGUUUAUGGUCAAUGGCUAAUCUCCGCCACCUUCGAGCUUCCCGGUUCUGAAACCUGCAGCAUUAUUCAUAUUACUUCAAGAUCUAAUGUCGGUAUUCCAGGAAUGUUUGUGUUUGAUCUGGACGGAACACACCCAGUUUUUGUCUCAGAAUGUGAAGAGGGAGAUGUUCGUCUAGUUGACAGCAACAUGAACACCAAUGCCAGUGGUAGAGUGGAGAUGUGUCUGGAUAAUGAGUGGAGGGUAGUGGGAGAUGAGACCUGGGGAGUGGAGGAGGCUACUGUCGUCUGCAGACAGUUGGGACUACCAACUGAUGUGGUAGUGGUAGGAUGGAAUCUAAAGAGUGCAGGUGUUCCAAUAAGCUGCACUGGCAAUGAGUCUUCACUGAUGGAUUGCAGUAGUGAGCCUGGUAAACGGGGUAAUGUUGCAGACCCACUCAGAUGCAGUGGAGGGGCCACAACAUCCACCUGCUUGGCUACUGACGGCUGUGAGGAUUUCCUAGGACAAGACUCAUCAACAUUGCCUGCUGUUUGCUUUAACAGAUAUGGAAGUUGUGUUCCAUUCUCACCCUAUCUGUUGGGAAGUGGUGGUAUUCCUUGUGAUAGUGUCUAUGAGAGUGGAACUGACUAUGUGUACCUCAAGAAUAGUAGCGAGUCCUUCCAACCACUCAAUGUACUUGGGGGGAUUGAACAACAGCUAGAUGAUGUAUUCUCCAAUCACGACUGUACACUCUCAACUGUAAGAAUGAUAUGUCACUACUACCUGCCUCCCUGUGGAAACUCUACUCAUUUUGAGCCACCGACCUCAGUCUGCUCUGAUGCCUGUUAUCUACAAAGUCAGAUUUGCCCCUCUUACUGGACAUUUGUUGAAUCAAGACUUGGGCAAAUUGAGAGUAAUCCUCUCAACUGCUCAUUCUCUGAAUCAAUUUUGAAUCCUAUUCCUCAUACAUCUUGUUCUCAUCUUGGAGUGUAUGCAAAUGUGACUAUUGGUCUAAGUCAGACAGUGUACUCAGUGGUGGAAGAAGAGGGCGUGGCUGUUGUGUGUACAUCUGUUCUCUCUGGAACUACUUCUGGGAGGACAUUCAGUAUCAGCUACCAAACUACUGAUGGUGAUGCUAGAGCGCCUGCUGACUACAUAGCAAUCAAUGGAAGCUUUGACAUAACCGACUCUAAUAGUGAACAGUGUGUCAACAUCUCUGUUGUAUCAGGCAAGACAAUUGAAGAUGAAGAGUGUUUCAAUUACACUAUUGUAACAUCCUCUAAUACUAUCGGCCUUACACUCAUCCCCAAUACUGCUACUAUCUGCAUCAGUGAACCUCAAGAAGCAACUCCUUCAGAAUCUACUACACAAACUGCUCUAGUUACUGUUCUGGCUGUGCUAGUGGCAGUAGUUCUACUUUGUAUGGCUAUAAUGGCUGUUGUAGUUAUUGCAAUUUUUCUGAAAAGAACUAAGUUAUCAAGACGCAGGGAUUUCACUUCACCAUAUGAGAUUCAUGACUCUCUUCCCAGUAAAGAUAGACAAACUGAUAUUUUGCAUCACCUCCGAGAGCAACUGGAAAACAAGAAAAUGAUAUACUCCAAGGAUCAAAUCCAGCUGUCUACUACAAUAGGACAAGGAGAGUUUGGGCUCGUGUACAAGGGAUACAUCAAAACUGCAGUUGGAAAUGAAAUAGUUGCAAUAAAAACAGGAAAAGCACUUUUUUCUUCUGGUGACUUGAAAACCCUUGCUAAGGAGGUGUCUACCAUGUUGUCUUUCAGGCACAUAAACAUUAUGUCUCUUAUUGGAGUGUGUAUUGAUGGAGAGAUGCCCCUGCUAAUCAUGCCAUUUAUGUCCAAUGGAAGUGUGUUGGAGUAUGUUAGGAAACACAAAGACAGACUCUUUAUCACUGGCGAGCUCCUAAGAGUGGAGUUACAAACAGCAUCUGCAGCACUUCUUCGGAUAUGUCUCCACAUUGCACAAGGAAUGGAGUAUCUUUCUAGAAACAAGUUUGUUCAUCGUGACUUGGCAGCAAGAAACUGCAUGAUUGACGGGGAAGGAGUAAUCAAAGUGGCUGAUUUUGGACUCGCAGAGGACAUGUAUUGCACUAACUACUUCCGUCGAAGGAAGAGUGAGACUGGACACGAGGAGAAGGUCCCUAUACGGUGGAUGGCCCCCGAGAGUAUUGAAUACUCUGUCUAUACACAGGCUACUGAUGUAUGGUCAUACGGAGUGACAAUGUGGGAGAUUUUCACUUGUGGGAGGGUCCCAUACGCUGGAAUACACGCCAUGGGUCUCUUGAAGGGGCUAAAGAGAGGAGAGAGACUGGAGAAACCGGACAACAAGGCCUGUCAUGAUGACAUAUAUGAUGUGAUGUUCUCAUGC